GGCACUGAGAUCUGUGUCUGUCAGUUUCUACAUGGUCAAGGGACGCUGGACCCGGUUUCUAGCAGUUUCACUACUGUCUAUGUAAAGGGACGUUGGACCCAGUUUCCAGCAGGUGCAGCUCCCCACCAAUAGGAACGGAGCCAUAUAUCCAUCUAGGGGAGUAGAGGAGGUGUCUGCUCUUACCAACAUUCCCUCUACUCCCCAUCAUAGAUGUUUUUUCCAAAAAAAAAAAAAAAAAAAAAAAAAAAGUGUAACUGUGUCAGUGAUCUCACAAAGAAGGAAGUCACAAGGUGUUAAUGCAGCAUGUGGGGGAAUGAAGGCUAAAGCAGGCACGGUGACAGACAUGGAGGUAGGCACGGAGACAGACACAGAAAUGGGCAUGGAGACAGGUGUGAAGACAGGCACAGAGACAGGUGCAGAGGCGGGGACGGAAGUGCACGUAGUACCCACAAAGCCAGUAAUCCGGAAGGAGACAGACACAGAAACAGGCACAGAGACAGGGGCAGAACAUGAUGAUGGAGUCUGUGUGGAUGAAGUGGUUUGUGGAUUAGGAAGAGGGGUAACGGAUGGAGACAAAACUAGGGGAGGUAGGAGUGGUGAAGACAGGGGUGGUAGAGUUGUCGGAAGGUGGGUAACAGACAUCGAUAAAACCAGGGGAAAUAUAGGUGGUGAAGAUGGGGGGGAUGAAGUCAGGGGUGGUGAAGUGGUUGAAGCAGAGACAGGGGGGCCAGUCGUAGGUGAGACCCGAAGAGGGGACUCUGCAGGUGGUAAUGCAGGCAUGGCCACGAAUGCCAUGGAGGAACGCACCGAGACCAAGGACGACAAAGCAACUACGGUGGUCACGGAGGCCAUGGAGAAACACACCGAGACCAAGGGCGACACAACAGUUGCGCUGGCACCGGAUGUCAUGGAGGAACACACCGAGACCAAGGGCGACACAACAGUUGCGCUGGCCCCGGAUGUCAUGGAGGAACACACCGAGACCAAGGGCAACACAGCAGCUACGGGUCGAGUUGCUCCCGCGGAAUCAAUCGUAGAAGCAACCAAGGCCGAUGAGGAAGAGGCUGCGAACCGAAAAGGAGCAGCCAGGGUCACAAACGACAUGGAAGGGGUUACUAAGACUGAUGAGGAUGCAGGUGCGGUAGACGCAAGUAAUGAAGAAGAGGCUGUGAUAGGUGUGACAAGCGCCAAUAAUGAAGAAGGGGUUGUGACAGGCAUAAUCCGAGGACAGUGUGUGGAUACCCGAGAAAGCGGGUGAUGAAUAGACCAUCAAAGCAUGCUGCGGAACCUGCUGGAGAGACGGGUCACGUGCGCAGGGUACCUGUGUUGAUGUUUACGAAUAUAGGAAGU